UUUGCCGCACCCUUCUUGACCCCCCCGGCCGUCAGCUGAGGAUCCUCCUCUAACAUCGCCCCCAUGCUCUUCUUGUUGCGCAUGUCUCGCGCCCGCCAAUCGCACGAUGCUCUUUCGCCUCGAGUCUUUGGGGAAGGGCUGCGCGUAUGAAGAGCCGCAGCUAGGCAGCUGACAUAUAACAGUGGUGGGUAUGAAUGCCGAGCCUUGUAGCGAACUUGAUUUCUCACGAGGGCUGGGCGCCUUUUCUUCUUCCAUAUUCUUUUUCUCUUUUUUUCAACACCCUCGCCAGAUACCUACCUUGACCGUGCGUUCGACCGGUUGCGGUGGCUGGUAGCGUGACGCGACCGCCAUGAGUGACUAGAUACAGAACAAUUCGCGCCAUCGUGAGGAAUCGAAUCGAGUCGUAAGGUAGUGCACUAUACUUGCGGGCCAGUAUGGCGACGACGCUAGGACACGAAGACUCGGACAGAUUGGCGAGGGUGGCCGAGAUGGACAUACAGGAGACGGCGCAUCCUACUAGCGCUCCUGAGGCCAUGCAACAGGAUGCUGCUGGCGGCCACCUGACGCCUCUUAGCGAUGGCUCCGACUACGGCGAUGGAGUCGAUAACGAGAAGUCCGCCCGCAGCAGUUAUUCGCAUUGGGAUCCCGAGCCCGGAUUCGCCUACAUCGACGGCGACAUCGACGGAACCGGCUAUAAUAAGACCACGGUGGACAUUAUCGCCGUACCGUGCAUUGGCGCUUCUCCUGUCGACACCUGGGCGCGGGAUCCCCUCAGCGCGGGAUUCUUCGGGUCGCCUGUAUCGACCGAGUUGCAGAGAUACUCGACGGUCGGCGAGCUCCCGGGGAAUACCAUCCUCUCGCCCACCAUUGACCGCCACCUACCCCGAGCGGCUCCCUUGUGGGUUCGACAGGGAAUUCGGAAGGAGGUUAACACGGCGCGAGUGAUAUUAUACCGACACCGGGAGCUCUCGGACGACACGACUUUGGACCAGGCCGCAGACGACCUGCUGGAGCAGCUGAGAAGUCUACGCGCUGGUCAGACAAAGUCGCGACCGAUCUUCUUCAUCUGCCACAGCAUCGGGGGACUCGUGGUGAAGGACGCGCUCGUCAAGGCUUACCAAAGCCAAGACUUGCAAUCUCUCAUAUAUGACUGUCAUGGCAUCGCUUUUUUCGCUACGCCGCAUCGCGGCUCCAGCUAUCUGUCGAUGCCCCAUCUUCGCGAGAGCAUUCAAACUCUGCUAGACCUCCAAAAGCCGCUGCCCGAAUCCGUCGCCCGCGAGCUGCGGCUAGGAAAUAGAGGUUUACUGAGGAUGCACGACCAGUUUAUGGAUAUCGCGAGUGAAUUCCGCAUUUGGACCUUCUACGAGACUGUCGAUUCGCAGCUGUCUGGCUUCGGCGGAUCCGAUCGCGACGAAGUCCACUUCAGCGCGCCGUUGACCUCCAUUAAAUCAGGGCUGGUCAGGAGUAGAGGCGAGCAGGCGCUUUCCCUCGAGAGCGACCACGCGCGCUGCGCUUCUUUUGGACCCAACAACAUCCAGACGAUGCAUUCAUUCCUGGCUGAUCUAGGGGCUGCGGUCCGAAAGGCAGAGGAUCUAAGUAAUAGCUUUGAACAUACCCCGCUGGCUCUAAACACGAAGGUCAAGCUGGAGCUGAUCGGAUUCUACGAGGACCCAGACAGCAGCGAAGGUAAAAACAUCAGGCUCUACAUCUCGAAGCACUUUCUGAAGGAAUUCUUCGCGAAGGGACCUGAGACUUGCCUAAAGGAGCGGCUCAGCACAGUGGCACCUAAACGGCGUCGAGGAAUGGUGCGCCCUCAGCGGCCCCAACCCGACCCGUCGCCGAUGGCCAGCGCGCUCGGGAUCUGGAACAAUAUGCAGGAACUCAGUCAUAGGAUUUUCAGUACCGCUCUGCCCGGCGGCGCGCCGGGGAAUUUGGACAACGAGCCAGUCAGUGGCCAGUCGCCCGAGAUCGUCGUGACGAGCCAUACCUCUCGACCGCCGAUGACAAGCGCUGCAACAGAACCUAUUCCGGAUGUCUCGCCGGGACGAAGUCGCGGGCUGACCGUCUCCCCUCUAUCGACGCCAGGAUCUCAUCAGUCUUCUACGAGAGGCAGCAAUGACCUUGGAGGCAGCGGUGUUCCUCUCGGGACGUCGGACCCUGCUUCACAUACAAGGCCGUCGCAUGGGGAUGGUACUACUCACGAGGGGAGGUCUCGUAGUAGGCAUCGUUCAGCUCUUCAUGACCUCACGGCUGGUUUCUCUCGCCCAGAUCCUUCUCGAAGAAAGUUUAUGUGGAUUCAUCUCCCAUUCAAUAAUCCGCAUUGGGUCAAGAAAAUAUUCGACAAGCUUUCUGAGACCCAGAACCGGAGCUAUUCAAAACUUCUCAGUAAUGAAAACUGGGCCAAUAAACAUGUUCAAGGGAGACAUUCUAACUUACAUGCCUCUUACGUGAAGCCUGGGUGUUCUUUUGUUGCUUCAGAAGCUGGCUCUCCUCGUCCAUCGUCGCCGAAUGGCGGCGGUAGGAGCCCGAGUCCUGGCUUCUCCCCAGCGCAUCUGUAUCUGUAUAUCCCGUACCUUCAUUACGAUACUUACGUGAAUGUUGUGAGACGUCGCAAUAUAAUCAAGCGAAGGCUGAAUCACGGGAGGGCAAGGCCUGUCCCGAGGGAGGUUUCUGAACUCGAGUCGCUAGACUCACGGGUGAUUUGGGAAUACAUUGGCCACGACCCCCCUCUGAACACCCGAAGGACCCUGGACCAGUAUGGCUACCCGUCACUCCGGGAUACUUACGCGCGAGACGACGAUCAGAUGUUAUACAAACUCACGAAAGAAAGGAUAGCGGUCCCCUUCCAACGCAAGCGGGACAUGUAUCACCUCGGCGACGGGAGAGAGUCGUUGAGUGCUACAUCGCCGGGCGCUCGCUUGAUAUCUCACGUGAACACGUUGACGAAGACGGAUAUAACCAACUAUUCCGACGAGGACGACUCUGAAUUAGAAAAUGAUAUCCUUGACGGAAAUGUUCUCGUGGUAGACCAGUUAUGGUUGUGGGCAGUUGAUACAACGACCUUGGCAACUUUCUUCCCUAAACGCGAGUCUCACCCGACCGAGGGCCCGUUGUUCCAACAAGCGGAUCUAAGAAACAGCAUUUAUAACGAGCUGAACGGAGACCUCAGCGGCCGCUGCGAAAACGCGUUGGAUCUCGCGGCGUUCGUCACUCUUCAUGCGGUAACCGUGCUACUCGACCGGACAUCCCAUCCAGACCUGGAUGUUUUCCGUAUUUUCGAGGAGGCAAUUGGAAUUCUGACGGAAAAGAUGACCUCGUCGCUCAAGCAUUUCCGAAUGCAGACGUUUCGCGACAAGGUCUUCGACGGUAGCGAUUCCGAUGCGCCUGAAGACAACAGGACCGAAAGCAUUAAAAAGCGCCACCGGCGCGAGUUACAACAAGCCGAACGGGAAAACCGCGAGAACGCGUCUGCUCUUCUCGAGCUCCGGGAUAUGGACGACGAGCUCAACACGAUGAAGAUCCUAUUCGACGAGCAACGGACAACGAUCGAAGAGAUGAAGGCGAACUACGAGAAACCCGACCUCCAACCCUUCACAGAGAAUGGUAGAGCAUUUUUAGACGAGGCGUUGCGGCGAUUGCAAGAUUACCAGAAGCAAGUCCACGAUAUGAUUUCUCGCGUGGAUAGCACUAAGAAAGACUAUGAGAAGCUUCAGGAGAUGGUGCAGCGCCAGGCCCAAGUGGACGAGGUGCGAUGGUCGCGGCUGCAGACCGAACUAGCCAGCUCGCAGAAUCUCUCGGUCAUGAUCUUCACGAUAUUUACCGUCCUCUUCCUCCCGCUGAGCUUCUUCACUAGCUUAUUUGGCAUGAAUACCAAAGAAUGGGGUGGCGAGGACGAUAACUUCGUCAGUCUCAGCCUCAUCGGCGCCAUCUCGCUACCCGCGUCGGCGCUGCUCAUCAUCGUGACGCUCCUCGCAGCGUUCAGCGGCCGCAUCCAGGGAGCCAUUAAAGCGUGCAUCAAGUUCGCGCGGUCGAAGCUGCGGGACACGAAGCAGGAGUUCGCUAAGCUGGAGCCAGAGAGGUCGCGGCAGGCGAAGCAGCGGCGGCGGCAACAGCGCGAGCAGCGUUCGGAGAAGCGGGAGCAGCGGCGGGAGCGUGGCUACGACUUCUGGGAGACGGUGCGGGCGGAGCGCCCCCGCGAGCAUGUCAUCCCCGAUAUGAACCGUAAGGCGGCGACGCGAAGACGGUUGGCUGGCCGGGGAACCUGGAGGAAGAUGAGAGACGAAUAAGCGUAUCGUGGGGGACAGGAUGCGACUCGGACAUUAAAAAGCCAGUAGGUAAGGUAGGUAAUAUAAUGGCUAUUGCGUGAGUGGGAUGGUGAUGAUGUGAAAAGAAAGGCAGAGAUGGCGACUCUGUAUCUGCAUUAAGAGGGGCUUCAUCGAACGUAUGCGUAUAACGAAUCCGUUGGAUGAUUAUGCCUAUAUACCAGUAGUUGACCUAAUAUUACGUAGAUGAGUUGCCUUUGC